AUGUCCCCUACAGCCACUCCCUCCUGCACUCCAUUCGGCGGGCGCAACGUCCCCUACAACCACUCCCGUUUGAUGGACGUCCUGGUCGAUGCCUGCAAGGUUCCCUACGUCUACAAGAGUUUCAGCUGCAAGAGUGUGUUCCGAGACUGCCCUUAUCCAGAUGAGAAACUUCGGAAGGACCUUAGCGAGAGGCUUGGCAUGAGUGCCCAGCAGGUCAAGUUUUGGUUCCAAAACAAACGCACCUUCAGUAAGGGCAAGAUGCAGCGGUGGGAGACCCAAAAUUGUUGGGUAGAAAAUGAGAGGCUAAAAACUGAACGUCAAGCCAUCAUGUUGGCUAUGCAAAACAAGACUUACCUCAAAUGCAGAAAGGUGAUGGUACAAACUCAGGAUACCUCGGAGCGCCAACGCCUAUACACCAAGAAUAUGAGGCUCAAGGAAGAACUCCUACAUGCCACUUCCUAUCUUAAAGAAGGUCUUCGCCGAAAUGGCAUGUCGCUCCCAUGGGCCCGCAAAUGA